ACGUCCCUGGCCGCCGCCAUGCUCAAAAGAAAGGCUGAAGGGGAUACUAAAGGAGAUAAAGCCAAGGUGAAGGAUGAGCCACAGAGAAGAUCUGCAAGGUUGUCUGCUAAACCUGCUCCUCCAAAGCCAGAGCCCAAGCCUAAAAAGGCCCCUGCAAAGAAGGGAGAGAAGGUCCGCAAGUACAAGAAGGGGAAAGUAGAUGCUGGUAAGGAUGAGAAUAAUCCUGCAGAAAAUGGAGAUGCCAAAACAGACCAGGCACAGAAAGCUGAAGGUGCUGGAGAUGCCAAGUGAAAUGUGUGCAUUUUUGAUAACUGUGUACUUCUGGUGACUGUACAGUUUGAAAUACUAUUUUUUAUCAGAUUUUAUAAAAAUGCAGAAGUGCCAAGUGAAAUGUGUGCAUUUUUGAUAACUGUGUACUUCUGGUGACUGUACAGUUUGAAAUACUAUUUUUUAUCAGAUUUUAUAAAAAUGCAGAAGUGUUGCUUUACUGUAAACAGCUUUUCUGACCCUCCAAGAAUUAUUAAACAUAAAUAUGAAAAAGAUGAAGAAAAAUAGAGGUAAAAAGGGAAAGAGGUAAGAAAACAAAGAAAUGAAGUAAUGGAGUGAAAUAUCAAACAAGAUUUUUUCCCUGUCAAAUGGUAAUAAAUUUCUAUGAUAAUUAUCAUUUGCUAUCAAUUUGACUACAUCUGGAACUCACUAAAAACCCAAGCAACUUGGUACAACUGUGAGGGAUUUUUAGUUAACUGGAUUAUUUGAUGUGGGAAGACCCAUCCUAAGACUGGGCCACAUCUUGUGGAACAUAUAAAAGAUAUGGGAGAAAUAAGAUUUUGCUUUUUGCAUGCUUGCCCUCAUUCUCACUUGUAAAUUCAUAUAUCCUGCUGCCAAGGCAUUCCUUCACUGACAUUAGAGCCUACUUCUUCAGGAUUCUGACAUAUACUGAGAACCAGCUGAGACACCCAGCCUUAUUUGCUGAACAACUGUUACAUUCUGGACUUUCCAUCAGAAGAUGGCCAUUGUUGGACUAGCUGGACCACAGCCUGGAAGUCACUCUAAUAAGUCCCAUACAAACAAACAUGCAUGCAUAUACACAUACAUGUCCAUUCUAUCAGUUCUGUUCACGUAGACAACCCUGACUAACACAACUAAUACAACUUCUAAAGCACAAAUGCUUUGUACAUUACUAUGGUUUCAUGUACAAUGCCAAAUAUAUGGCAUAAGAACUCAAGAGAAAUUAAAUAAAACUAAAAUUAAACCACAA